AUGGCUUCCCUCGAGGCCCAGAGCAACACAUUGGCCGCCGGCGUGCUCACAACACAGAACUACUCCUCAUCCCUACAGAAUAUCACAGAAGAGACUCCGGAAAAUGCAGAAUACGCCUCUGACGAUUUGAACGUACUCAUGGACUCAUACAGACCGACCGAUCUGACUGGUGAAAUAACAAUAAGAAACCCGGCGGAUAGUGUUCAUGGAGGAUUCACGACUGUAUACAAGGGAUAUUGGAAUGGCAAAAAGGUUGCUGUCAAAGUGACCAGAUUCCAAAAAAGAAAGUCUAAACCCGCACCAUGGGAGCAUUCGCUCGAAAGGUGGUGCGAGCUGGGGGAUGCGAGUAGUUACCUUGACGCUCAUGGAGACAUACACUUCGAUGAGCGGAUACAACUGUUACUCGACGUAUGCGAAGGGCUCGCGUAUCUCCACAAACUCGGAGUGAUUCAUGGCGGUCUAAAACCGGGAAAUGUUCUCAUCAGUGACCAAAACCGGGCCCUGUUGGCAGAUUUUGACCCCCCCCCUCGUUAUACUGCACCCGAGCUCCUCAUCCCGGAUCAAGAUCCCAAUCUGCGUGCGACUAUGAGUGGGGAUGUGUGGGCUGUGGGAUGUCUAGCUCUCGAGUUUCUAGUUGACUAUCAGCCAUACCAGCCAAUUCACAAAACAAACAAGCUUCAGGAGGCCAUGAACCGUGGACAGCUUCCGGCUGAACUCUCAGAUCUUCAGAAAUUGGACAGCUCGCUGGCAUCGAUGUUAUGGAGCUCUCUAUUCGUACACACCUGGCAGUUGGACCCUGCGAAACGGCCGAGUGUAGCUAGUAUUCAGGCGACCGUCAUAGCUCUAAGAGCAAGACUUCAAGAUCCUGUCAGCGAAGCAAAUGAUCUCGAAAGCUUGAGUGUGCAGCCCUCGAUGUUGCAGCUCUCGAUGUUGCUGCUCUCGAUGUUGCAGCUAUCGAUGUUGCUGCUCUCGAUGUUGCAGCUAUCGAUGGCAGUAGGCAAUGAUGCUGCUACAGUGGGACCUCGAAGCUAUGGUCGUUGGAUCUCAUCAUUAUCACCAUUCAUUCGUGUCGUUCUAACUGAAGCUGCAAGGAAAUUUUCACGCCGCAUUUCUUCCUUGAAAUUGCCAAAAUUCCGUGCAAGGAAGGGUCCAGCAAGCCAUAAGAAUGCAGUGGAGGUCACCAAAGACGAUUCUAAGCACUCAAAUAUGCUCAAGUCCUCAACAGAGACACCGUCCAAUGAAAUUCCAGAUGAACAGAUGAUGUCAGAAGGGGCUCAAAAUCUUGAUCAAACAGUCAUGCUGAUAAGUCACCCACGAUCACUGGCCCUGGAAGACUCAGAUGAACAAGACCAGCAACAGACACGUAAUUCACAAGCACAUACAGACGUACCAUCUGGCUCCUCAGUCCAUACGGGACAGCUGACCAAGGCAAAUCAAGUCAGGAACAGUAACACAUAUGCCGCUGCAUUGCAAUCAUCCCUGCCUGCCGUACAACAAGAUACUGAUCAGACACACCAACCAGCCCAGCUGCCACAUCUUGUUCGAACUGCCUCAACUCAUCAAACGAUUGUUGCAUAUGAUAGUGUGCCUAAUGCGGAAAACAACCAGGAACAUAGCUUGGCAUACCUUAUGACCUUGAAACCGCUCAAAGAUUUGAGUGAGCAGGUUCACAUCAAUAUGGAAGGUAUCUUAGGAGCUGCUCAUGGAGGCUUUGCAACUGUCUAUAGAGGUUUUUGGGGAGAAAAAAACGUGGGUGUCAAAGUCACAAGACUGCCUAAUAGGAUCACCAAAGAAGGGCUAAUCAAAUUAAACCUCCGCGUUCUUCGAGAAAUCAAAGUCUGGGCAGCUCUUGACCAUCCCAAUAUUCUGCCAUUUUAUGGGUUCUCUAACAAGUUUGGCGAGUUUCUGUCUAUGAUAUCUAUGUGGUGCCCUCUCGGAAAUGCAGAAACGUUCCUUGGCACGGACAACUUUGAUUUAGCCAUUAGACUGAAACUGAUGCACAAUGUAGUGCGAGGACUUUGCUACCUUCACAAACUUGGCAUUGUUCAUGGGGAUCUCAAACCGCAAAAUAUCUUGAUUUGGGACGGACCAAUUGCUAUGCUUUGUGACUUUGGCCUUAUACGCUUGAUGGAUUGGGGAGGGGAGACUAGCUUGAUCACUAGCUCCCCAUAUCGAGCGACCGCAAAAUACACUGCCCCUGAGCUACGUAUCACAGAUAAAAAUCCGAAACCACGAGCCAGCUUCCCCGGGGAUAUCUAUGCGUUGGGCUGUGUUGGUCUUUACUUCGUUGAAGGCGAGGAACCCUAUGCAGACGUUCAACAGCUGGCUCACCUCCAUCAAAUGAUUGACAGUGGCCGUCAGCCGGGCGUGGUCACAUCCAGCAUGAUCGAAGACGAAUCUAUCAGAGAGUCAUUUUGGGCAUUGUUGACGGAAUGCUGGAGGUGGCCCGAGUACAAUGACCGACCUAAAGUUGAGGCUGUUGAAACGGUCAUUUGCAGCUUACGGACCUAUGUACUUCAAGGUCACACGUUCUGGCUAGUUAGCUCCUUUGUAUAUCUGCCGCAACUACCCGUUUGCCUACUGGAAACAGAACAUUUGGCGGGUACGGGUGAAGAGUGGGACUUGUCAUCCAGCGCCUCUGUCCCUGCUCUUUCCUCGCCGUCUCCGCCCAUCAUGACUGAAACCACUAUGAUACAGUCAUAUUCGCCUGCAACGACGACGUCUGCACCGCAAAAUAAUCCGUUCUUGAAUCAAUCAUCAACGAGUCCCGAGGCAGGCGUCAAUCUCGCUGGUAUCGGCCCAGGCGCUACGGCCCAGGAUGGCUUGCAAUACGGCCAACUUUCUCCGUCCAACGUACCACCCGUUGGACCGUCGAACACAGGUCCUUAUUUCCCGAGUCCGCAUCCUACGGGCCCAUCAGCCGUUUCGCCGCAUCCAUCAAGCCUCUUGCCUGGAAAUUACCAGGGGAUGCAGGGUAGCGCAAGUGGCAACGGAAGUACGAAUGGACCUGUACUAGCUGGCAUAGUCCACAAACGCGUCGGACAGUUUGACAAACCGCCACUAGCGCUUCCCCAAGGCCAAUCGCAACCGCCGAGCUUGGGUCAGCUUCAGAAUCAACAAUAUCAGCAGCAUCAGAUGCAAAUUCAACAAUCAGCUGCACCCUCUGGCACGCCAAUUCACGCAAUGAUGACCCAAAACCGUCCUCAGCAACCGACAAUGAACCAAGUUGGCAUGGGUGGCAGAGCCUAUGGUUUGCCUCCACGACCCGUUCCGCAAACUCAGUCUCCUGCACCGGUGAAUACUGGGUACUAUCAGAAUCAACAAAUGCAACAGCCGAUCAUGCAUCCCCCUAGCCGCUCGGGAUCGCUCAAUGUCGCUGGUUUCAACGCACCAAUGGUUCAUCAAGAGGUUCAGCAACAACAGGUCUCCGAGCUCAAGUUCUACAACCGAGAGGACCCGUACUACGAGUUUACCAAUUUCUCUCCCGACAAGGUGGUCUACCUUGGGAGAGAAUACCCGACUUCUGAGCACGCUUUCCAGGCUCAAAAGUUCCUCGUAAACCGCCCAGGAUUGGCAGAGCAUAUCAGGACAUUUUCGGAUCGUCCACGUGACGCAUUUGAAGAAGCACGAAGAUUCCAACCAGAAUGGAGACCGGAUUGGCAUUCGGUCAAAAUUCAGAAGAUGGACGAGAUUCUGCGCGAAAAGUUUACACAGAAUCCACGACUACGGCAGAUGCUUGUCAAUACAGGUACUUUAAAGCUCAUCGAGGAUUCGCCCUACGAUCCAUUUUGGGGAGUGGGCAGGGAUGGUAACGGCGAGAACCAACUCGGUCUCGCGUUGAUGCGAUUAAGAGCCGCUUUACAGCAGGAGGAUACAGCAGCUCAGCAAGCAAAUAGACAUGCAGAGGCUAUGCACGCCGAAGUCGGACAAGCGAUGAUGCCGACGAUGCCAUACUAA